AUGCCCGCUGGCACAAUGUUUUCAAAAUUUAAGAGUACGAAUACAGCAUCAUCAUCGAUGCAAUGUGCUGCCGAUACAAAUCCCAUUAGUCAAUAUUUCGAAAUUGGCAAGCAAGUGGCAUGUGCCGGACCAGAAUUGAUAUGGAAGAUACAUGAUGCCUAUAGAAAAAGUGAUGGAAAAGAAUGUUCAGUUUUUGUUUUCGAGAAAAAAAUUGCAGAAAAAUUACAUAAACCGAGACGAAAGGAAACGGUGACUGAAUUAUUGAAAAGUUCAGUAAAAACAAUGGAACGAUUUCGACAUCCUAAAAUAUUGCAAAUUAUGCACACAGUGGAGGAGUCUGCGGAAACAUUGGCUUUUGCAGCGGAGCGAAUCUAUGCAAGUUUGGCCAAUAUUUUGGCGUUUCACGAAACGAGAGCAAUUGACAAUUUUGUCGUUCCACCCACAACGGGGACCAACCAAAAUAUACAGCUGCCCCCAACACCACAAAGACCAGCGCAUGCAAAGGAAUACCAUUUUCUUGAUAUUGAAUUAAAAUAUGGAUUUCUACAGUUAGUCGAGGCUUUAUCCUAUUUACACUAUUCUGGUCACGUAAUUCAUCGCAAUGUGUGUCCAUCAUCAAUUUUAGUAACCAAGCGAGGUACCUGGAAACUAGCUGGUCUGGAAUUUAUUGAAAGAAUGAAUGAGACUGAUUUAAAUGAUUCGAUACCUUGUCAACCAUGGAGUAGCAGAGUUUCAAAAAUGGCACAACCAAACUUAGAUUUUAUGGCACCAGAAACACAAAUAACCUCAAAAUGCAGUUUACUGAGUGAUAUGUUCUCCUUGGGUUUGGUUAUUUGUGCUGUUUUCAAUAAUGGACGACCAAUUAUACAAGCUGGAAAUUCAGCAUCCAAUUAUAUGAAACAACUAGAAACGUUGGAUGAAUCCGUACAGAAAAUGCUACCAAGAGUGCCAGUGCCAUUGCAAGAAGCGACUUCACGUUUAGUCAGUCGUGAUCCCACCGCAAGACCGCCAGCGCAACUAUUACAAUUGAUUAAGUACUUUGUAGAUCCAGCCGUAAAUGCAUUAAAGUUCCUGGACGUGGUAAAUAUGAAGGAUACUACACAAAAAUCACACUUCUAUAAAAAUACGUUGAUGGAAGCCAUGCCGCUCAUACCGAGAAAAUUAUGGUGGCAGAAUGUGUGGCCAAUGUUACAAGCGGAAAUUAGCAAUGGUGAAGUGCUUGCAGCUGUCUUACAACCUGUCAUCACUUUAAUACAGGAGGCAACACCCACGGAAUAUGAAAAUGUUAUGGCUUCAACACUGAAAGUCAUCUUCAGCUCACCAAAGUCCAUACAGGCAACGGUGACUUUACUUGAAAAUUUACAUUUAAUUAUGGAAAAGACACAACCGGAGGAUGUCACUACAGAUAUUAUACCAAUGUUAUUUUUUGCAUUUGAAAGCUCAACAAUACAAGUACAGAGUGCAGCCGUUGUUGCAGUUACAAACGUUUACGAUAACAUAGAGGAGGCUUCAAUACGACGUAUGGUAUUGCCAAAGGUAAAAUCUGUAUUUGAAAAGAAUCUCGCUGAUCCAAAAAUAGUGCAAAACGUGCUUAUAUGCAUUGAGCGUACUAUGGAUAAACUGGAAAAGGCUCAGGUUAUGGAGGAGGUAUUGCCAUUGCUUGGUGACGUACAUAUACCAGAUCCAGAUAUUGUGAUGCGUACAGUGCGUAUUUACCACAAAAUGUUGAUUGACAAGACAUAUGGCUUAACUGUUGAAACAAUGGCUAUUCAUAUAUUACCCUUGCUAAUACCACACACUGUUAAUCCUGGCUUAAAUUUCGAACAAUAUUGCCUAUUAGUUGAGGUUUUGCAAGAAAUGUUAGAACAAAUUGACCGUCAACAACGUAAUAAAUUGAAAUUAGACAACCUGUCAAUUCCAUCACCAGAACGACAUCGUCCCUUAAGGCAUCAAUUCUCAUCGGAUAAUAUGAAUGCGCCGCCAUUCAAUAUACCAAACUUACGUAUUGAUCAACGUAAAACCUCCAGUGCAGAAGAUAUGGCUAGAAAAAAUUCAGGAGGUUCUGGUAUGUUGGGUGGUUGGUGGUUUGGUGCUUCACCUUCUUCACCUGAUAGUAAUUUUCUACGUGUUGCGAAUGCAUUUCCAAAUCGGCGACUCUCCGAUAACACUUUGAUGACACCAAAAAUACGCAUUGCUCCUUCAUGUGCGUCAUCGCCAGGCGGCACACCUGGCAGUGGUUUGCCAACUCGGCGCCACUCAAGUAUUGGACCUCAAGAGAGACGUGGUUCGACAAUUAAUUUAUCUCCGCCAACUACUUAUGGUUUCGGUGCCCGCGGUAGCUCAGGAUCAAGUCUUUCAGUACCCUCGUCUUCUGCUUAUGUUGUAAGUUUAAAAAACUCAAAAGAGUGCCCCUCUCUAUGA